CAACACCAACAUCCAACCCAAGCACCAACUACCACCUCUACAAUGUCCUUCUUCGGUCUCGGAAGACUUGUCUACGUGAUAAUCCUCAUAACCAACUCCAUCGCUAUCCUCUCCGAAGACCGCUUUCUCGCACGAAUUGGAUGGGGGCGCCCGCAAGCCGACGCUGCCUUCGGCGCCGCAUACGACAGCACAAGCGUGAAAGCAAAGACCAUAAACCUGAUUGCUAGUGUGAGGACAGUGAUGCGGAUACCCCUAAUCGUGAUUAAUACCAUAAUAAUUGUCUACGAACUCAUCCUAGGAUGACCGUACCAUCAAUUCAAAGUUCUUCGGUUCAUUUUCUGCUCGUUUCGGUGUCGGUCGAAAAAUAGACGCAAAAAUAAACCCCGCGCAUUACCAUACCCGUAUUAUUUCACACCAUAUAUCCUUUUAUCCAUCUACCACCAAUCACAUUCGUCGGAAUUUGAAGUGCAAUCGUUGUCCGUCUAUGAUAUGCGGGGAUAUAACUAGAAACAAAGAGGCGGGCGAUUUCAGAUGCGUACCUAGCGGGCUCUACUGACGCGGCAACCUGGGCCUUGCGGCCGGGGGACAGCGAAAGCUGGAAAGGGAGCUAGCAGCUGAUAUACAGCUUGUGGUCUACUUGUUGUAUGGAGUCGCGUUGAUUUUUAUCUGUGCUUAAGCGCAUUAUUUGGAUGUAUUAUGAUAUAUUUACGAAAGUGCACUAUUCUAUUUUUGUAUAGAAAUAUUUGAUUCUGUUCUCAUACCCG